AUGAAGUUUCUCUUCCUCACCGCGGCCCUCUUCCUGGCCACCCUCACCACCGCCCACCCCGUCUUCGACGACCUCGUCACCCCCUCCACCCCUCUCGGCUACAAGCGCGCCCCCGCCGCCUCCCUCCGUCAAGUCUCCGACUUCGGUCCCAACUCCUCCAAGGUCAAAAUGUACAUCUACGUCCCCGACAAGCUCGCCGCCUCCCCACCCAUCAUCGUCGCCAUCCACUACUGUACCGGCACUGCCCAGGGUUACUACAACAACUCGCCCUACGCCCACCUGGCCGACCAAAAGGGUUUCAUCGUCAUCUACCCCGAGUCCCCUUACUCUGGAACCUGCUGGGAUGUCUCCUCUCGUGCCACCCUCACCCACAACGGCGGCGGCAACAGCAACUCCAUCGCCAACAUGGUCGACUACGCACUCAAGACGUACAAGGGUGACGCAACCAAGGUGUUUGUCACCGGCUCCUCGUCAGGCGCAAUGAUGACCAACGUCAUGGCCGCCACUUACCCAGCCCUGUUCGCCGCCGGCAUCGCCUAUUCGGGAACCCCCGCCGGCUGCUUCUACUCCCAAUCAGGCGGAACCGACGCAUGGAACAGCAGCUGCGCCAACGGUCAAGCCCGCGGCACGCCCCAGGUGUGGGCCAAGAUGGUGCAUGAUAUGUACCCGGGUUAUGAGGGCCAGAGACCCAAGAUGGAGAUCUACCAUGGCAGUGCGGACAGCACGCUGAACGCGAACAACUAUAAUGAGACCAUCAAGCAGUGGGCGGGCGUGUUCGGGUAUGAUUAUCAGAAGCCGGAUGCUACGCAGAACAACACGCCGCAGAGUGGGUAUACGACUUAUACGUGGGGAGAGGGAAAGCUUGUGGGCGUGUAUGCGCGCGGGGUCGGGCAUACGGUGCCGAUUCGGGGGAGUGAUGAUAUGAAGCACUUUGGUCUGUAA